AUGAAGAACACUGAGGUCCAAGGCUGCUUUCUCUCUGGUUGGACCCAUGACCAGCUGUUCCAAGGGAGCAGUUGGGAGAGUGAGAAUGAGGGAAAACCACACAGAGGAUUGUUGGGAGGUGCCAGAAGGACAAAGAGGGAACAACAAAGAAUAAAAGCUGAAGUCAAACAGAAGAAGAGGAAUCGACCUCCUGUUUCUCAGCAUGGUGAACUGCAUACAAGCACAAUCCAAGUUAAAAAUGAGAUAGUAGUAGAGAAAACUCUUUGCCCUUUUGAUAGGCUGAACUUCAGUUCUGAACCCAGCCUUCAAUGGAAAAUGCAUACAAAGGAGAAACCAUACAAAUGCUUGGAAUGUGGGAAAAGCUUCAGUCAAAAAGGAGAUCUCACUGUACAUCAAAGGAUUCACACCGGAGAGAAACCAUAUACAUGCUUGGAGUGUGGAAAGGGCUUCAGUCAUAGCACAAACCUGACUUCACACCAAAGGAUUCACACAGGAGAGAAACCAUAUACAUGCUUGGAGUGUGGAAACGGCUUCAGUCACAGCACAAGCCUGACUUCACACCAAAGGAUUCACACAGGAGAGAAACCAUAUACAUGCCUCGAGUGUGGAAAGGCCUUCAGUCACAGCACAAGCCUGAUUUCACACCAAAUGAUUCACACAGGAGAGAAACCAUAUAGAUGCUUGGAGUGUGGAAAGUGCUUCAGUCGAAAUUCACAUCUCACUGCACAUCAAAAGAUUCACACAGGGGAGAAACCAUAUACAUGCUUGGAGUGUGGAAAGGGCUUCAGUCACAGCACAAGCCUGAUUUCACACCAAAGGAUUCACACAGGAGAGAAACCAUAUACAUGCUUGCAGUGUGGAAAGGGCUUCAGUUACAACACAAGCUUGACUUUACAUCAAAGGAUUCACACCGGGGAGAAACCAUAUAUAUGCUUGGAGUGUGGAAAGGGCUUCAGUCGAAAUGCACAUCUCACUUUACACCAAAAGAUUCACACAGGGGAGAAACCAUAUACAUGCUUUGAAUGUGGAAAGUGCUUCAGUCGAAAUGCAUAUCUCACUUCACAUCAAAAGAUUCACACAGGUGAGAAACCAUAUACAUGCUUGGAGUGCGGAAAGGCCUUCAGUCAAAGGGCACAUCUCACUGUACAUCAAAGGAUUCACACGGGAGAUAAACCAUAUAAAUGCCUGGAGUGUGGAAGGAGCUUCAGUCAGAGGACCAACCUGACUUUACACCAAAGGACUCACACAGGAGAAAAACCAUAUACAUGCUUAGAGUGUGGUAAGGGCUUCGGUAAAAAUGCAAGUCUCACAUUACACCAAAGGAUUCACACAGGAGAGAAACCAUAUAUGUGCUUGGAGUAUGGAAAGAGCUUCAGUCAUAGAUCAAGUCUGAUUUCUCAUCAAAAGCUUCAGGCUGGUGAACCGUAUAAAUGUCUGCAGUGUUUUAAGAGCUUUGCUUGGAGGCACUCCCUUGUUUCUUACUGAAGUACCACUUUACAUGUUCAUGUUGUAAAUGAAUUCCCAGGAAAGUGCUACAUUAAUCUGUGUUUGAAAAAAGAGCCGAAACCAUGUCCUCCUUAAAUGCUCACAUUUUAAGACAUGAGCAAGGAAAGGCCUUGCUUAGGAAGGGCAUUUCUUCUCUUUGUCAGUGCAAGCUCAGCACGUAAGCACUCAUGCACUUCAUUUAGAUUUUUUAAAGGCCUCUUAUCCCUUCUCUUUGUUCUCCGGGCUCACAACACAUCUCUGGAGAUGUUGCCAGAGAUUGAGAUGUCUGUAUGCAGAGUAUGUUCCAACAGUCUGGAGGAGGGGAAUCUCAGCCUUGUUUAAAAUUAAUUGUUUAUUAUUAUUUUAUGAUAGACAACUGCAAAGUUAAAAAAAACACAUUAUCAAGCAUGAGUGCACAGUUUCCAGAAUGCAUAUCCUGCAUAAGAAUUCCCCCCAUCCUUGGAAGACUGGUCCAAAGGCUUCUUGAGCAUCUCAGGAAGGAGAGAUCCAACAUUUCUGCAGAGACUGGUCCUAGGAACAGGUUCCCCUCUAGCUAUGGAAUGGGACUCUCACCUGAGCAGCAGAUGGCAAGACGAGUCCUGUGAGUUGCCUGAAAUCAGAGGAGAGUUCCCAUUUGGGCCCAGCACCUCACAUUCCAAGGCUGUGAACCUGGUGUGUGUGUGUGUGUGUAUACAUCUCCUGCUCAGAUGUUCCAAAAAGGUCUGUCUGGUCGGGAUUAAGUUCGAGCUUGCUCGGGCUUGUGGAGACCAUGACCAUCCGCAACCCCUGCACAGUGUUCCAUCUAACAGGGAUUCCCAGAUGUUGACUACAACUCCCAUAAUCCCUAGCCAAAGGGCACUGCAUCUGGGAAUCUCUAUUAGAGAGAACAGUGCCCCUGCACAGUUUCAUGGUCCCUCUAGGUCCCAGGUCAUAAUUUGUCCACAAGUAACUAACUAUUUUGAAUCCCCAUCAUCAUCCACACAGUUGUCCAUACCUGAGCAAAAUGUCAGAUCUAGGCACCAAAUACACACAGCCGGAUAGAACUUGGUGACUACAAAUGGAGGCCAUGAAAUCCAGAACCCCAUGAGACAAGGAGCCUUGAAGUGAACGUUGGUUUCUGAUGUGUAGUGGGGAGGUAGGGCUGGGUCCCAAAGAGUUUGAGCAAGGAAGAUUUGCCAGAUGUGUGGACACUAGGUAGGCCAAGUUAUACGUGCAUAACAAACUGAAGGAACCUUCAUGGUAUGGGAAAGAGCAUACACCCUUUUGUAAUGGAGUGAGUACAUGAAAGUGGUCUGCAGAACUUCCUCUACCUAAUACUUGAGUUGAUGUGGACAAGUUUAGAGGGGCAAUUUCAUGUUGGAAGGUUUCUCUAGGCCAGAGGUAACAUGUAGAGGGUCUCUUUGUGUUAGGAAUCGUGUUUAGUGUUUACUAUAUACUUAAAUAUGUAUUUUGCUCUGUACUUACCCUGAUUUGUUUCUGCAUCUAAGCUCCAGUUUCAAUGUACUGUACUAAUGUGAACUUAUUGUGUACUUUCCGUUUCUAGCAAUGGAGUUCUAAUGUCUGCAAAUUUAAUAGUUGUUUUAAUUUAUAAAAACCCUCCACCCCCA